UCCUGAAGAGCGAGCGGGUGUCCAGGAUGGUGCAGAGCGGCGGCUGCUCGGCCUGCGACUUCCGUGACGUCUUCAAAAAGAACAUUGAGCGGCGGGUGCGCAGCUUGCCCAAAAUCGACGGCCUGAAAAAAGAGACAGUGCUGAGCUCCUGGAUCGCCAAGUAUGACACCAUCUACAGGGGGGAUGAGGACCUGCGGCGCCAGCCCCAGAGGAUGCACCUCAGUGCCGUGUCCGAGAUGAUCCUCAGCAAGGAGCAACUGUAUGAGAUGUUCCAGCAGAUUCUGGGCAUCAAGAAGUUUGAGCACCAGCUGCUGUACAACGCCUGUCAGCUGGACAAUGUGGACGAACAGGCAGCCCAGAUCCGCCGGGAGCUGGAUGGAAGAUUACAGCUUGCAGAGAAGAUAGCCAGGGAGAGGAAUUACCCCAAGUUUGUGUCUAAAGACAUGGAGGCCAUGUACAUCGAGGAGAUGCGGUCGUCUGUCAAUCUGCUCAUGGCUAACCUGGAGAGCCUACCUGUGUCCAAGGGAGGCCCCAACUUCAAACAGAAGCUAAAACGCUCCUCCAUGAACAACUCCUUCCUAGACAUGGGCGACGAGACAGAAUUCCUUUCCAAGUCCGACGUGGUCCUCUCCUUUGCACUGGAGAUAGUGAUAGUGGAGGUGCAGGGCCUCAGGUCGGUGGCUCCUAACAGGAUUGUGUACUGCACCAUGGAGGUGGAGGGAGGAGAGAAACUGCAGACAGACCAGGCAGAAGCCUCCAGACCACAGUGGGGCACUCAGGGCGACUUCACUACGACGCACCCGUUACCCAUGGUCAAAGUGAAGCUGUUUACAGAGAGCACGGGGGUACUUGCCCUUGAAGACAAGGAGCUGGGGAGGGUGAUCCUGAACCCAACUACCAACGGACCCAAGCAGGCUGAGCUCCACAAGAUGGUGGUGUCCAAGAACAGUCAGGACGUAGAGCUAAAGAUCCAACUAGCUGUCCGCAUGGACAAACCCCCCAACAUGAAGCACAGCGGGUACCUUUAUGCGUUGGGACAGAGAGUUUGGAAACGUUGGAAAAUAAGAUAUUUCGUUCUUGUCCAGGUCAGCCAAUACACCUUUGCAAUGUGCAGCUAUAGAGAGAAGAAGUCUGAGCCCCAUGAACUGAUGCAACUAGAAGGUUACACUGUGGACUACUCCGACCCCCAGCCUGGUACACACACACACACAGGUCUCCAGGGUGGUCGAGUGUUCUUCAAUGCGGUCAAGGAGGGUGACCUGGUCGUGUUUGCCAAUGAUGACGAGCAGGACCGGAUGCUGUGGGUUCAGGCCAUGUACCGCGCUACAGGCCAAUCAUACAAACCAAUUCCACCCACCCAGAACUGCAGAGCAGGGAACUCCCAGCCAUUCGCACCAAUCUCACUGCUCAGUCUGGAUUGCUCUCAGAGGCAGGGGGUAGAGGAGCUGAUCUCUGCGGUGCCCUGUCGGUUCGACCACGCCGCCUUGUUCCCUUUUCUGCAGAAGCAGACCCUACAGCACCGGAUGAAUGACUCCUUCUCCUGCCUGGGAUGGUUCAGUCCAGGUCAGGUGUUUGUGCUGGAUGAGUACUGCGCCCGCUACGGUGUGAGGGGCUGCCACCGCCACCUCAGCUACCUCCGGGACCUGAUGGAGUACUCUGGGAACAAUGUCCUAGUCGACCCCACCCUCCUGCAUUACAGCUAUGCUUUCUGCGCCUCCCACAUUCAUGGCAACAGGCCGGAUGGAAUGGGCACAGUGACUGAGGAAGAGAGAGAUCAGUUUGAGGACAUAAGAGGCCGUCUCCUGAGUCUAUUGGACAACCAGAUCAUCCAUUUUAGGUACUGUUUCCCCUUUGGACGACCAGACGGGGCCCUCAAAGCGACACUCUCCCUACUAGAAAGGGUUUUGAUGAAGGACAUCACCACACCGGUUCCUCCUGAUGAGAUGAGGAAGGUAGUCCAGAAAUGUUUGGAGAAAGCUGCCCUUGUCAACUACUCCCAGCUGACCAAACACGCUCAGAUGGAGGCUGAUGCUCAAGCUGCCACGGAGAAGAGGUUGGAGGACAUGAUGCGACUGGGAGAACUUUGUAUUGAGGUCCUGCAGCAGAAUGAUGAGCACCAUUCAGAGGCCAUUUCAUGGUGGCCGGAGAUGAUGGCGGAGCACGCAGAAACGUUCAUGUCUCUCUACACCGUCGACAUGGAUGGUGCUCUGCAAGUCCAGCCCAUUGACUCAUGGGAUAGCUUCCCCUUAUUCCAGCUGCUUAACAACUUCCUGCGAUGUGACCCUCACCUGUGCAAUGGCAUGUUCCACAAGCACCUGCAGGACCUGUUCAUCCCGCUGGUGGUGCGCUACAUAGACCUUAUGGAGUCCUCCAUCGCCCAGUCCAUCCACCGCGGCUUCGAGCAGGAAACCUGGCAGUCCGUCAAUAACAGCUCGGAGACCUCCGAGGACCUCUUCUGGAAGUUGGACGCCCUCCAGAUGUUUGUCCUGGACCUGCACUGGCCCGAGCCUGAGUUUGCUAAACAUCUGGAGCAGAGGCUGAAGCUCAUGGCCAGCAACAUGAUGGAGGCCUGUGUCAAAAGAACGAAAGCGGCUUUCGACUCCAAGAUGCAGAAGGCCAGCAAGUCAACAGACUUCCGGGUGCCGUUGUCGGUAUGCACCAUGUUCAAUGUGCUCAUUGAAGCCAGGAAGCAGUGCUCCAAACUCUGUGUGCUGGACACCGGUCUAGAGCAACAGCACCAUUCGAAAAUCGACGACCUGAUCGAUGACACGUUUAAAGACAUGAUUUCCUCCCUGGUCUCAAAGUUUGCUGGACCUCUAGACGCCGUUCUCUCCAAGCUCUCCAGAUAUGACGAAGGGACGUUAUUUUCUUCGAUCUUCUCUUUCACGGUGAAAGCGGCUGCCAAGUAUGUGGAUGUGCCUAAGCCAGGGAUGGACCUGGCUGAUACCUACAUAACGUUUGUGCGGCAGAACCAGGACAUCCUGCGAGACCGCGUCAACGAGGAGAUGUACAUCGAGAAGCUGUUUGACCAAUGGUACACCAGCUCCAUGAAGGCUCUGUGUGUGUGGCUGACAGACAGACUGAACUUGCAGCUUCACAUGUACCAGCUGAAAACACUCAUCAAGAUUGUCAAGAAGACAUACCGAGACUUCCGGCUCCAAGGAGUUCUGGAUGGAACCCUGAACAACAAAAGCUAUGAGACCGUCUACAACCGACUCACCGCGGAGGAGUCUACCGUGGCGGUCAAGGCUGGCGACGGUCUCCAAGGUAUCACCAUGAGAGACAGUGACGAGGAGGACGGAUGAACUUUGGGAAGUGUGUGCUUGUGUGGAAGGGAUGGAGAUUGUGUGUGUGAGACGGAAUGAUAUGAAGGGGUUGGAGAACAUACACUAAAGUGUGUGAUGAAGUCAUCCAUCCUUGUGUACCCCCUCUCUCUCUCACCAAUCCCUAGUACAAUAGUGGGUACCUUCCCAGCCAUAAUGACAUAAUGUUAUUUUGUACAGUACAGCUCAGUGGUCACCAACUGGUAACCUUCAGGGCAGUACCCCUUUGUUUAUUUAUUUAAUUUGUUUGUUUGUUUUUACUUUAUUUUAAUGGUGAUGUAGACCAAGAAAAAAUGCAAGUUGUUAUCUUAAUGCAGCCCUUAAUGCUCAAAUCAGUUUUGUUUUUCAAAUCCGUUUUGGAAUAUUGACUGUCCAAACAGCAGGUUACAAGUGACCAAAUCGGAUUUUGCUGACAAAGCAGUCUUUGCUGACAUGGCUACGCUAGUUGUCAUAGUAACGACUGUUGUGUGUGCAGUGGUGUUGGCUGAUUGGUGGUGGUGCUCAUGCUUCCUCUCACUCAGAAGAUAUGUACUGUAGCAAGCUAAGGUGACAAAAACAGUAGCUAUGCUUCCAUUAACUUGUCCAGUGAUUUUGUGUCAACAUUUAGAAAGUUUGCAUAGAAAAUAGAUGCAACAAUGGCCGGCUAGGGUGUGUUUCCAUUGAACAACCUUGUGUCGAUUAAAACAGCUGGACAUAAUGUCACACCCCAACAAAAACGCAAAAACCUACAGUGUCAAAUUAAAAUGUAGUGGCUGAAGUGUUUCCAUUACCCAUUUAGGCAAAUUGCACACUAAUACAUUGGUGACAACCUGUGUGCCAUCCCACCUACCCGUUUCGUGUCUCGGGAAGCCUUCGAAAGCCAGCAAGAAUGCAAUAAUUGAGUAGGCAUUUAGAAUUAAAUGUUGUGGAGCUUUAUAGUUAUGUGAUGACAUCAUGUGCCUCGCGUACCUUAAAAAAUAUUCUGCAAUCAGAAUUUAUUAGUUAAACCCCGUUUUCCAUUUUAAUUUGUCACAAUAAAGAAAGUUCGACCAAAAAAAAGAUCCACCAGUCGAACAAAUAAAAAUGUUGUCCAUCUUUAGAAAAUGUCUCCUAUAUCUGCCAUUACACAUGUCGCAAUGAUUUUUUGUUGACAUUGCUUUCCAAUAAACCUGGGUCAAUGGAAACCUGCCUAGUGCCUGUCAUGAACAUUUCCCAAUUGCAUUGAAUGUUCAAAAUCACAGUGUACAUACACUUUUAAGCCUCAAAGGAUAAGAUGACCCAACUUUCAAAAUUAGCCCUUUUGGCUAGCCACAACAUUCAACAAGCUAGCUAGCUGUUUAGCUUACUAGCAUACUCACUAAUUUGUUUGUACAUGACUAACAUGCUAGUUAGCCACCACAUGUUCUUGUCAAACUGUCAACAGAGUAGCUUACAAGCAACGAGUUAUGCCAAAUAAAACAGUCUGAAAACCACUUGUGGGCAAAUAAAUCAGUCACAUUGCCAGGAAUCCGAUUUGUAUCUGAUUUCAAAAAACACCUACAAAUGUGGUUUGAACUGUGGCUUGAAAUAUCUGAUUCGAUGUGGUUUUUGACUGUUGAGACUGUAGAAAAGAAAUCGGAUUCAAAUUGGAUAUGCAAACCACUAGAAUUUGAGUCGCUUCAAACUGCCAGUGUGAACAGGGCUUUACGGUUACCUAGAUAUAGCCAUGCCAAUUCAAACUGGGUUUUUGUGUGCAUUAUGAGGACAUUGGGGUUGUUCUUACAUAAGUACCCUGAAAGACAGUCGAUACAGGCAGUAUCCAUAUGUUUAUGCUGUGCACUGUAUGAAUGGGAAUGUAUACCUGUAGGUUAAAGUGUCACAUUGUCAUGGCAUGUAUGUAGGCUAUGCUUGAAUGUGUUUUCCUCUACAAGAGUUACCGGAUGACUAUGAAUUCAAAGCUGUGUUAAAUAGGCCUGUUGGAUUGUGUGCAUCAUGUUUGGAAUCUGAAUUGCCGUCUUAACUGUAAUACUGCAAUGAAUUAUAUGAAAUACAUUUCUAUUGUCUUCUGUGCACCUGUUUUUGUUAAGGUGUGUUCUAAGUGUUAGAAUUAGUGUGUUUAAUGCAACCAUGGUGUCCUUAUUGACUAAAUUACUCCAUAAAGUAUAUUAACAGCACAAUCUGCAACGAUGAACCCUUUGAUUGGUAAGGUGAUGGAUGGGGGGCUAUACGUUAUUACAUUUUUUUCUUUAAGGAGCGAUGCAUAUUGUUUUAUAAAAACUGCUAUUUAAAACCAAAUGACUAAAAUCACAAGAAAAACAUAAACAAUUGAUUAUUACAAAAUAUCAAGCUAAUAGGCAUUUUUAUAAGAAUCAUAUAUCAUUACCAUAACUAACAUACAAAUCAGGACUAUCUUACAAAUUGUGGCAACCUAUUUGCCAACCUAUUCCAACAGCUAUAGUUUUGUUAGAAGCUGAAAAGUUUCCAUCGUGACAUCGUGACAGUGACAUGUUGAAAUACACCUAGCCUAACGGCCAUUUCCUUUUUAUUGAUCUCAAAAAGUACUGAAUUGCAGAAAUGGUCAUUUUCUUGAGACAUGACAACCUCGUUUCAACUAAUCAUCUUGUUCAAUGUUAUCAUGAGCAGACCCCCCCCCCCCCCCCCCCCCCAUUCACUGACCUGUGUCAAAUGAAAGAAUCAAUAUUCUGAGUUGGUUUAAUUGUCCUCCUAAUGGGACGAAUACAGUUCUGUGGUCAAAUUGAAGAGUUUGGUUCCAAAGCGCUAUAUCCACCAAUUUUAUUCACCAGACACGGUUGCUUAUGGUUACCUUCGUGUGUGUGUGUGUGUGUGUGUGUAAAAUAUUACUGUUCUCAGAUUUAUAAUUCAUUGAUUUUAUGUUUAUUAUUAUUUAAAUGCUUUUUGCUAAAUGCUAUGUAUCCAUUGUUUAGCUGGAAUGGAAUGUUCGUAUAGUAUAUUGCCUGUGAUAUGUGGUUGUCUCACGCUAUCUUAAGAUGAAUGCACUAACUGUAAGUCGCUCUGGGUAAGAGACUGCUAAAUGAAUAAAAUAUCAAAUGUAAAUAUUUGACAUACAGAUCUCAUAUUACUGUAUGGAUUCAUUUUUUGAAACUUAAAAAAAUAUAUUGUUGUCACAAAUGUAUCAUUUGUACAGUUCUUGUACAGCUCUUAUAUAAAACCUAACAGGACUACUUAUUUCUCUGAGAGUGAGGCGGAUAUACGCAGUGCCUUCAGAAAGUAUUCCCACCCCUUGACUUUUUCCACAUUUUGUUGUGUUACAAAGUGUGAUUAAAAUGGAUUGAAUUGUC